AUGCAACGCUCGGUACUUUCUCCCAUCGGUAUGAAACAUAGCACUUUCCAACAGCCGUUACACCCAUUACGGCAGCAACAAGUCAGUGUUGGUCAUCGGUCUAAUGGUACAGUAUCCGGUAAUUGGCAUAUAUAUCCGGAAAUGGCAGCAGCCGGACUAUGGACCACCCCAUCCGAUCUGGCCCUAUAUGCUAUCGAAGUACAAAAAUCUCUGCAAGGGGAAUCCAAUCAAGUUCUUUCGAAACAGAUGACCAAAGAGAUGCUCACCAAACACCUGGGCGACUGGGGUUUAGGUCCUGCUUUACAGGGCAAUAACGAUUCGUUGACUUUUGAUCACAGUGGUGCCAAUGAAGGAUUUAGGUGUUUUCUGUUCGCCUUUGCUUAUUUGGGGAAAGGAGCAGUGAUUAUGACGAACUCGGAUGAUGGAAUGAAUUUAAUCGACGAAAUUGUCGGGAGUAUUGCCGUUACGUACAAUUGGAGCGUUCGUAAACCCGUUACCAAAAAGGUUGUCGCGCUGACACCUCAGAACCUAGCCAGUUUCGCUGGCAGUUAUUUCCUGAAGCAGCAGAAUUUUACCUUGCUGGUUACGGUCCAGGCAAACCAUUUGCUAGCGAAACUGCUCUGGGAUGGAAAAGAGUUUUUCCUCUAUCCAGAAUCUGACUUAGAUUUAUUCGUGAAAGAAAACGGUUUCUUGAUUAAGUUUGAAUCGUCGGUUGAUGGAACUAUCAUCGGGCUACUAGCAUUUGGAGAGAAGUGGACGAAAGUCGAAUAA